AUGAGUAAUAAUAGUAAUAAUAAUAAUAAUAAUAAUAAAUCACAAGAUAUUAGACAAUUUAUAUUACCAGGUUGGAAACCAAGUACAGAAAAUAAUGAUAAUAAUAAUAUAAAUAACAAUAAUAACAAUAAUAAUAAUAAUAAUACUACUACCAAUAAACCAAAAGAUGAUAAACCUAAUUUUUUAAGAAAAUCAAAUCCAACAGCAUCACAAUCAUCUCUUCAAAGUAAAGGUAAUCAAUUGUAUCAUGGUAAAAGAACAAGCUCUUACCCAACCACAACCACUACCACAACUAAUAAUAAUAAUAAUAACAAUAAUAAUAAUAAUAAUAAUAAUAAUAAUAAUAAUAAUAAUAAUAAUAAUAACAAUAAUAAUAAUAAAAGUAGAGCAUCGUUACAAGAUCAACAAAAGAAUGGAUUACCUAAAAAUUUUAGUAGAUUCGACCCUGGUAAUAGUAAUAAAUUUAAAACGACUACAACAACCACCACUUCAUCUAAUAAUAAUAGAUUUAACAAUAAUAAUAAUAAUAAUAAUCAAUCAUUAGAUUUAUCGAAAUUGGGUGUUACACAAUAUAGUUCAAAUUAUGUUGAAAAUAAAGUAAUACAUAAAAUUGAUAAAGAAAUACUAUAUAAUGAAAUUAAUGAACUUGAUAUAAAAUUAAAGAAAAUUAGAAACGAUAUUUCAGAGGCAGAACAAUUUCUAUUUAAAAACAAUGAAAGAGAAAUCAAUGAAAAGAAUAAAGAUAUUGAUAAAGAUACACUUGCAAGUUUAAUAUCAUUGAUAACAUUUGAAAAGAAGAAACUUAGCGAUUUAAAGAGUCAAGAGAAAUCAACUCAAAAUAAAAUCAUUGAAAUUAAAGAAAAGAUAAAAACAGAUAGAGAGAAAAGAAUAAAUGAUCAAAAAAGAAAACCAGAUGGUUCAAAUAGUAGUGGUGAAAAUAAAUCAAUUGGUGAAUUACCAUUACCAAGUUUAUUCGAUAAAGCAUUUGGUUUCUCUACUACUGAAUCUGAAAGAGAUAGGUUAAUUAGAACUGGUAAAAUUACACCAUUCUCUGAAAUGCAUUCAAAAACAAAUAAAAAAACAAUUGUAUUGGAUGACGUUGUUGAUAUCACAAAAACAUUGGACCAAGAGAAAGAAACUGAACAAAAUGAAAAGAAUCAAGGCGGUGGCGGUGGUGGCAGUGGUGGUAGUAAAAUAUUCUUAAAACCAAUUAAAAAGACCACAAAUAGAUUCGAUGCAAAGAAAAAGAAAGUAUUAACUGAAAAAGAGAAAAAGAAACAAAAAAAAAUGAAAAAGUAUAGUAUUCAACGUGAUCCACCAAAGAAAUUACAAGAAUUUUAUGAUGAUUUUAAUGAUAUGGAAUCUUUAAAUAUUUCAGAAGAUGAUAAUGAUGAUUAUAAUAAUAAUAACAAUGAAGAAGAAAAUGAAGAAGAUGAAAUUGAUAUUGAAAAAGAAGAAAAUGAUGAAUCUCCUCCACCAAAAUCUUCAAAAAAAUCAAAUUCAAAAUUAAAAAAAAUCUCGACACCAAAAUCAAAAUCAAAACCAAAAAAUAAUAAUGAUGAUGAUUUAUUAAAUUUAGAUAUUAGUCUUAGUGGUAGAAUUAGAACUCCUACCAAUAGAUUAAAUUUAACUACCGAUACUAAUAAAGAAAAGGAUGAUGAUAAUGAAAAAGAAGAGAAUGAUGAAAAUGAAAAUGAAGAGAAUGAUGAUGAUGAUGAUGAAGAUGAUGAUGAUGAUCAAGAAGAUUAUAAAGAAAUUGAAAUUGAAGAUAAUGAAGAUGAAGAUGAAGAUGAAAUUGAAGAAGAAUUUACAUUAAAAAAGAAUAAAAAAUCAAUAAAAAGUACAAUUUCAAAUAAUAAAAGAAAAAGAAAACAAGACGUGGAUGAUGAUGAUGACAAUGAUGACGAAGAUGAAGAUGAUGAAGAUGAAAAAAUUGAUUAUGAUGAUCGUAUACCAAAAGAAUUAUUAAACAUUCAUAAAGAGAGAUGGACUGAUGAUGGUAAUGAAAAAGUUUAUCAAAAGAGAUUAUUAGAAUGGAAGAAAAAGAAAAUUAGAGAUCGUAUAAAGAAAAUGGAUCAAAAGAAAAGACUUGAAGUAUUAGAGAAAUAUACUGAUAAUUUAAUGAAAAAUAAUAAUAAUAAUAAUAAUAAUAAUAAUGAAGAAAAUGAAGAUGAAUUAUAUCCAAGUCAAUAUGAUUUAGCUGAGGAUGAAUAUUUAAAUAAUGAAAAAUUAGAUGAAGAAGCAGUUUUAAAUAAAAAUAAUAAUAAUGAAAUUGAAAAAAUAUUUGAAGAAGAAGAAGAAAAAGAAGCUGAAGAAGAAAUAAUUGGUGAUGAUUAUGAAAUUGAUGAAAAUUUUAAGAUACCAUUUGAUAUUUAUAAGAAUUUAUUUGAAUAUCAAGUUACGUGUGUUCGUUGGUUAUAUGAAUUGCAUUGUCAAGAAACUGGUGGUAUUGUUGGUGAUGAAAUGGGUUUAGGUAAAACCGUACAAAUCGUUUCAUUCUUGGCAUCACUUCAUUAUAGUAGAAGAUUAGGUGGUCCUGCUUUAAUUGUUGCGCCAGCUACAUUACUUUCUAAUUGGAUUAAAGAGUUUCAUAAAUGGUGGCCACCAUUUAGAGUUGGUUUAUUUCAUUCAAGUGGUAGUGGUGGUGGUGGUAAUGAUGGUAGUGAUAAAGAAGAUAUUGUUAAAAAGAUUGCAGAAAAGGGGCAUAUACUUUUGACAACAUUUGAUUCAAUUCGUAUAAAUCAAGAGAUAUUGUUAAAGUAUCAUUGGGAAUAUGUUAUUUUAGAUGAAGGUCAUAAAAUUCGUAAUCCAGAUGCAGAGAUUACACUAUCUUGUAAACAACUUCAAACUCCACAUAGGGUGAUUUUAUCAGGUUCGCCAAUUCAAAACAAAUUAACAGAGUUAUGGUCACUUUUUGAUUUUGUUUUCCCUGGUAGGUUAGGAACAUUGCCAAUUUUUAAAUCUCAAUUUUCAUUACCCAUUUCCGUUGGUGGAUUUGCCAAUGCAUCUCCAAUACAAGUUCAAGCAGCCUAUAAAUGUGCAGUGGCAUUACGUGAUUUAAUCUCACCAUACAUGCUUAGAAGAGUGAAAUCCGAUGUAUUGAAAUCACUUCCAUCAAAGAAUGAACAGGUUUUAAUGUGUCCAUUGACACCAUUUCAAGAGAAACUUUAUUUGGAGUUUUUAGAUAGUAACGAUAUUAAAUCAGUAUUGGAUGGAAGGCGUAAUGCUCUCUAUGGUAUUGAUAUUUUGAAGAAGAUUUGCAAUCAUCCUGAUAUACUUCAUAUGGAUGCCAGUGAUGAAGAUAGACCACAUGAUUAUGGUAACAUUGAAAGAAGUGCAAAGUUAAAAGUGGUGGAAACCAUCCUACCCCUAUGGUUUAAACAAGGUGAUAAAGUAUUAUUAUUUUGUCAAACUAGACAAAUGCUGGAUAUCGUAGAGCAGUAUAUUAGAGAUUCAACACAAUUCAAUUAUCUUCGUAUGGAUGGUACGACCUCAAUUAGACAACGUCAAUGUUUAGUUGAACAAUUUAAUAUUGAUCCUUCAUUAUUCAUUUUCUUGCUAACUACAAAAGUUGGUGGAUUAGGUUUAAAUUUAACUGGUGCCAAUAGGGUGAUCUUGUUUGACCCAGAUUGGAAUCCAUCAACUGAUAUGCAAGCAAGGGAAAGAGUCUACAGAAUUGGUCAAAAGAAAGCUGUAACGAUUUAUCGUCUAAUCACAUUGGGUACAAUAGAAGAGAAAAUCUAUCAUCGUCAAAUCUAUAAACAAUUCUUAACCAAUAAAAUCUUAAAAGAUCCACGUCAAAAAAGAUUCUUUAAAUCAAAACAUUUCAAAGAUUUAUUCACCUAUACAAAAAAUAAAAAAGGUUCAGAAACUGGUGAUAUCUUUUCUGGUUCAAAUUCUGAAAUUUUACCUGAACAUAUGAAUGAUAAAAAUGAUAAAAAUUCAAUUAAAAAUAAGAAUAAUAAUAAUAACAGUAUUUUAAAUAGUAGUUCACCAUUAAUACCAAAAAAGAAAAAAGAUGAUGGUGAUAAUAAUUAUAGUAGUAGUGAUGAAAGUGAUAGCAAAAGUAAAAAAAGAGUUAGAGGUAAUCAUGGUAAAAGAAUUAUAGGAAAUAAUAAUAAUAAUAAAAUCAAGAAUGAUGUUGAUGCUGAUGCUGAUAUUGAUGGUAAUAAUUCACCAAGUGGAGAGAAUGACGAUUCAUAUAUUUUGAAAUGUUUAUUCGAGAAAGAAGGUUUAAAGAGUGCUUUGAAACAUGACACAAUUAUGGACCAAUCAGGACCAGAACAUUCAUUAUUAAUGAAUGAAGCUGAGAAAAUCGCCUCAAAAGCUGUUAGUAUUUUAAAGAAAUCUCGUGAACAAAUUACUGGUAAUACACCAACUUGGACUGGAAGAUUUGGUUCUGGUGGCGCUCCAUCAUUCAUUACAUCACCAACUUCAACUACAACCUCUACUUCAUUAGCAGUUUCUAGUCCAAUUGGUGGUGGUGGCGGUGGCGGAAGAUUUGGUCAAAAAUCAAAAUUACCAACUCAUUUAUCACCACUUCAACAAAUUUCAAAUAUCACAUCACUUAAUGAUAGUACACUUUUAAAUAAUAAUAACAAUAAUAAUAACAAUAAUAAUAAUAAUAAUAACAAUCAAAGUAAUAAUAGUAAUAAUAAUAAUAAUAAUAAAAAUAAUAAUAAUAAUAGAUUUUCAUCAUCAAAAUUAUUAUCAACAUUAAAUGCUGAAGAGGAAGAAACUGCUAAAACAUUAUUUGGUGGAUUAAAUUCUUCAGAGAUUAUCGAAAGUAUUUUUAACUUUAUUAUGGAAAAAGGUGGUUCAGUCACAACUCAAUCAAUUAUUAACAAUUUCCAAUUAACAAUCACUGAAGAACAAGCACCAUUAUUUAAGGUUUUAUUAAAAAGUGUUUCAGAAUUUAGCAAAGUUUCAAAGAGAUGGGUUGUUAAAUCUGAAUUUUUACUAAACUAA